AUUGAAAUGAAUUUGAUGGACAGUAUGGAUCUAUAUGAGCAAAUAAGCGUCGGAGCAACGAAGGAGUUAGGUCUGGAAGAGUUACUUGAGAAGAUGCAACGUGAAUGGGACACUGUGCUCUUCACGACUACACCCUUCAAGGACAGUCGCGUCAACAUAUUGACAUCGCUAGACGAUAUUCAAGCGAUGCUCGAGGAGCAAAUCGUUAAAGUGCAAGCGAUGAGGGGUUCCGCCUUCGUUAAACCCAUCGCCACCGAGGUCAAAAACUUUUACGAGCUUUUACUUCGAAUUUCACGUACAUUAGAAGAAUGGGCUAAAGUGCAAGUACAAUGGAUGUAUCUACUGCCGAUAUUCUCGAGUAAGGAUAUCGUAGCACAACUCCCCGAGGAAGGUGUUCUCUUCACCGAGGUGGAUGGCACUUUUCGCAAGGCUAUGCAGAACGUCACGAGGGAACCUCGGGUCCGCGAAAAUGCCGGCGCGUUAGGCUUGCGGGAGGCGAUGGAAAGCGCAAAUGAACUGAUGGAGCGGGUUAACGAAGGCGUGGCGAAUUACCUCGAGAAGAAGCGAUUGUUCUUCCCUAGAUUUUUCUUUCUCAGCAAUGACGAUAUGCUUGAGAUACUUUCUGAGACGAAGGAUCCGCUCAGGGUACAACCUCAUUUGAAAAAAUGCUUUGAGGGUAUUGCCAAACUUGGAUUUAAUGAAAAACUAGAGAUCUACUCGUUCGUUAGUGAUGAUAAAGAGGAAAUCAUGAUUCAGGAACUGAUAUCUACAGAAGCUGCACGUGGCUGUGUCGAGAAGUGGCUUGUUCAAGUUGAAGAACAAAUGGUUGCAUCGGUUCGUCAUGAGAUCCUUAUGAGCUAUCACGAUUACGAGGUCAAUGAGCGAGUGGACUGGGUGAUAACUUGGCCUGGGAUGGUUGUACUGUGCGUAUCGCAAAUUUACUGGAGUAUGGAGGUGCAGAAUGCUCUGAUGGUUCACAUGCUAUCUGCCAUGACAAGGCUUUAUCAGAAGCUCAGGAGUCAGAUUAUCGACGUCGUUAAUCUCGUUAAGGGACCGUUAUCAAAGCAGAACCGAACGACAUUAAACGCUCUAAUUACAAUAGACGUUCACGCGCAAGAUGUCGUUAAGUCUCUCAUCGAUAAGAAGAUUAUCAACGAAACAGACUUCGAGUGGCUGGCACAGCUACGUUAUUAUUGGGAGGAUGACGCCAUAGUACGAAUAAUAAACGCCAGUGUUCCAUACGCUUACGAAUACUUGGGAAAUUGUCCUCGUCUCGUUAUAACUCCUUUAACUGACAGAUGCUACCGGACACUCAUCGGUGCAUACGCACUUCAUCUCAACGGAGCACCCGAGGGUCCAGCCGGUACUGGCAAAACCGAAACAACGAAAGAUUUAGCCCGAGCAUUGGCAGUACAAUGCGUUGUAUUCAACUGCUCGGAUGGUCUUGAUUACAAGAACAUGGGAAAGUUCUUUAAAGGUUUAGCUUCUUGCGGUGCUUGGGCUUGCUUCGAUGAAUUUAAUCGCAUUGAGCUUGAGGUACUGUCGGUUGUUGCGCAGCAGAUACUUUGUAUCGUUCAAGCCGUACGAGCUCAUUUGGAUAAAUUCAUAUUCGAAGGAACAGAAUUGAAUUUGAAUCCUGCGGUAUACGUAUGCAUUACAAUGAAUCCAGGCUAUGCUGGUCGUUCGGAACUACCAGAUAACUUGAAAGUACUAUUUCGUACAGUUGCUAUGAUGGUACCAGAUUACGCAUUGAUCGGUGAGAUUUUCUUAUACUCGUCAGGAUUCGCUGACGCACGAACUUUAUCUGUGAAAAUCGUUACGACUUACAAACUUUGCUCAGAGCAAUUAUCAUCUCAGUCUCAUUACGAUUACGGCAUGAGAGCUGUAAAAACUGUCUUAACGGCUGCGCAAAAUAUUAAGUUACGUUUCCCGGAUGAAGAUGAAACAAUCCUUUUGUUGAGGUCAAUAGUCGACGUUAAUCUUCCGAAAUUCUUAGCGCACGAUGUUCCUUUGUUUCAAGGCAUAAUUUCUGAUUUAUUUCCUGGGGUCGAAUUGCCUUCGCCAAGUUAUGAUGUACUUUUGAAAGCAAUCAGUGAAAUUGCGACGAGAAGAAAUCUUCAAAAAACAGACGGAUUUUUAUUGAAAAUUGUACAAACUUACGAAAUGAUGAUCGUUAGACAUGGAUUUAUGUUGGUUGGUGAUCCAUGUGGAGGUAAGACAACCGUCUUACAUACACUAGCUGAUGCAUUGACUUUGAUGCACGAAUGGGGUGAUGAAAAUGGAGCAGUGACAAAAUUUAUCACUAUUAAUCCCAAAUCUAUAACCAUGGGCCAACUGUAUGGGCAAUUUGAUCCAAUUUCAUCCGAAUGGACAGACGGAGUAUGCGCUGUAGCUUUCAGAAAAUAUUGCAGCGAAGAGUCAGCAGACCGAAAAUGGCUAAUUUUUGAUGGUCCAGUAGACGCUGUAUGGAUUGAAAAUUUGAACACCGUACUGGACGACAAUAAAAAGUUGUGUCUCACUUCCGGAGAAGUCAUGCAAAUGACGGGAGUAAUGUCGAUGAUAUUUGAAGUGAUGGAUCUAUUGCAAGCUUCGCCGGCUACAGUUUCACGAUGUGGUAUGAUCUAUAUCGAACCUCAUGUACUUGGUUGGCGACCAAUUGUCAAAUCAUGGGCGAGUAACGUGAAUCCCAUUUGGAGAGUUAAUCAUGAGGAUGUCAUAGCGCAAUUAAUCGAGUGGCUGUUUGAACCUUGUCUGGAAUUCACAAGAAAGAAGUGCCAUCUAACUUUACACGCUGGUCAAAUUAAUCAGAUUAUGGCAGCGAUGAAUCUCAUUGAAAUGCACAUGAAUGAUGCUGUUGAGGAAAAUGAUGAGGUUGACUCGUAUGUUGACUUUUGGCUUCAAGCUUCAUUUUUGAUAGCUGUAAUUUGGGGUAUAGGUGGGACGUUAGAUGUUGAUUCGCGUGAGAAGUUUAAUGAUUUUGUCGUGACGAUCUGGAAAGGUGAAAACGACAAUUACCCAAUACCCCCUGCUUUAAUGGACACGAUCGGUAUACCUAGUGAUAAUUUGAUCCACGAUAACUUUUACAUAUUUAAAGGUAAAGGUACAUGGAAAUUCUUUGGUGAAGUUAUCAAAACAGAACCCAUUGUUGAAACUCAGAGUAUAGGACAGAUGUUGAUACCUACGAUUGAUACUGUUAAGUAUCAGUAUAUAUUUUUGAGGCAUAUCAAACACAAGAAACGUUUUUUGUUGUAUGGAAAAACUGGAACAGGAAAGAGUUUUUAUAUACAGGAUAUGAUAAUAAAUAAAUUGAACAAUGAAGCUUUUUUGCCAAAUUUCAUAACUUUUACUGCAAGAACAACUGCCGCUCAAACGCAAGACCUUGUUAUUUCUAAAUUAUUCAAAAGAAGGAAAGGCCACUAUGGUCCGAUGGGUGAUGCUCAAUGUAUAUGUUUUAUUGAUGACGUAAAUAUGCCUGCUAAAGAAGUUUAUGGAGCUCAACCAGCCAUAGAACUACUACGUCAAUUUUUCGAUCACAACCUCUGGUAUGAUUUAAAGGAACCGGAAGUUGUGAGAGUGUACAACACGAUGUUUGUUUGCGCUAUGGCACCUCCAGGAGGUAGCAGACAAGAAGUCUAUGCCAGAUUUUUAAGGCAUUUUAAUCUUUAUGAGAUCAGCGAAUUUUCAAAUGACAGUAUUUCUCGUAUUUUCGUGAAUAUUGCUCUUUAUGGUCUCAAAAGAAAAGGAUUUGCAUCAGAUAUUAAUGCAACUGUCAACAGUAUUGUAACCGCCACAAUGAAUAUUUUCGAAGAGGCAAGAGUUGGUCUUCGACCAACACCUGCUAAGUCUCAUUAUUUAUUUAAUCUUCGUGACUUUGCUAGGGUGAUAACAGGAUGUGCGAUGAUCAGAAAAGAAUCUGCAGAAACACGAGAAACAUUUAUCAGAUUAUGGACUCACGAGAUUUUGCGAGUGUUUGGUGAUCGACUGAUAGAUUCAUUAGAUUCAAAAUGGCUUUUCGAACGAAUUCGAGAAACAGUAAAAACUUUCAAAGACACAUUUGAUAAUGUCUUUGACGAUUUGCCAAAGUACGACGGUAAAUUAACAGAAGAAAGUCUUCAACAUCUAAUUUUUGGUAAUUUUAUGGAUAUGGAUGCGGUAGAUGAGGACCGAAAGUAUGAAGAAAUUAUUUCUGUAGAUGCUUACCUUGAAGUGACUACCUUAUGUCUUGAGGAAUAUAAUUCAACGCAUAAAAACAAAAUGGAUAUUGUUCUUUUUCGUUACGCACUUGAACAUUUGGCGAGAAUAUGCCGAGUUUUAGCCAUACCAGCUGGAAGUUUAUUAAUGGUCGGAGUUGGUGGAUCUGGAAGACAAUCUUUGACUAAACUUGCGGCGCAAAUGACGAACUGCGGUCUCUUUCAACCGGAGAUUGGUAGUAAUUAUGGAGUUAAUGAAUGGAGAGAUGAUAUAAAAAAGGUUUUAAAAGUCGCUGGUAGUGGGAAAGAUACAGUAUUUUUGUUCACGGAAGGUCAAAUUAAAGAAGAAGUAUUCCUUAGUGAUAUCGAUGGUCUUUUGAAUUCAGGGGAAGCUCCAAAUCUGUUAAACAUAGAAGAGAAACAAGAAAUAGUUGAAGCUACAAGAUUGGCUGCUCAAGGUGGAAAUCGUAAUCUAGAUAUCUCUGUACUAUCUAUCCUUAGAUUCUUCGUUAAUCGUUGCAAAGAAAAAUUGCACGUUAUGCUCUGCUUCAGUCCAAUCGGCGAAUCUUUUAGAAUGCGAUUAAGAAUGUAUCCAAGUUUAGUAAAUUGUUGUACGAUCGAUUGGUUUCAAGUUUGGCCGGAAGAUGCAUUAGAACAGGUGGCUCUACGGAGUACAACAAAUAUCAACGUCACUGAUGAAAUUAAAGUCAACUCUGUGGUAGCAUGUAAAUACUUUCAUACAUGUGCCAAAGAAAUAAGUGCUAGGUUUUAUGAAGAGUACGGAAGAAAAACGUACGUCACUUCUGCUGCAUUUUUAGAUCUGAUUAGAGCUUUUGGAAUACUAAUGCAGGAAAAACAAGACGAAGUCAUAUUAGCUAGAGAUCGAUAUGUAGGUGGACUGGACAAACUUGAAUUUGCGGCCGAACAAGUUGAAAAAAUGAAAGUGCAACUGAUAUCCCUCCAACCACAACUGGAAAAGUCAGCGAUCCUCACGGCAGAAACAAUGAAAAAGAUAGAAAGCGAGAAUAUAUCUGUAGAGCAAACCACAAUAGUUGUCAAAAAAGAAGAAGACGCAGCAAACGAACAAGCGAAAUUUGCUGGAGCAUUAAAAGCUGAGUGUGAAACGGAUUUAGCUGAGGCUUUGCCAGUCCUCGAAGAAGCCAUUGCUGCGUUGAAUACCCUGAAACCGGCGGAUAUUACGCUUGUUAAAUCAAUGAAGAAUCCACCCGAAGGGGUCAAGCUCGUGAUGGCGGCGGUUUGUGUCAUGAUGAAUGUUCCACCUGAUCGAGUCAACGAUCCGUCGACUGGUAAGAAGAUUCUUGAUUAUUGGGGUCCAAGCAAACGCAUGCUCAGUGAUAUGAAGUUCCUUGAUUACUUGAAGGAUUAUGAUAAAGAUAAUAUUCCUGUUCAGACGAUGCAGACUAUCCAAAAAGUCUAUAUGACAGAUAAGAAUUUCGAGCCGAGCAAAGUAGCUAAAGCGUCUCAAGCAGCUGAGGGUUUAUGCAAAUGGGUAAGAGCGAUGGUACUGUAUGAUCGGGUGAUCAAGAUUGUAGCACCGAAGAAGGAGAAACUUGCCGAAGCCGAGCAAAUGUUCGAGCAAACAAUGAAUUUCUUGAAUGAAAAGCGCCAAAUGCUCGCCGACUUGAACGAUAAGCUAGCUGCUCUUAACGAGCAGUUAGCUGAUACUAUUGAGAUGAAAAUCGAUCUGGAGAAUCAAGUCACAUUGUGCAAGAAUAAGUUGAUACGAGCAGAGAAAUUGAUAAGUGGUUUAGGAGGUGAAAAAAGUCGUUGGACCGAAGCUGCAAAAAAUUUACAACGUUGCUUUGAAUCUCUACCCGGCGACGUUCUUAUUUCGUGCGGUAUGAUCGCCUACUUGGGUCCAUACACAAGCUCAUAUCGCACAGAAAGUUUAAAAAAGUGGUUAGAUUACGUGAAAAAACUUGACAUUCCACGUUCAGACGAUUAUAGUUUUGUCCGGGUUCUCGGUUCAGAAAUUAAAAUCAACUCGUGGAAUAUUUAUGGCUUGCCAAGAGAUUCAUUUUCCACGGAGAAUGCAAUUAUUAUGGACAAUACUAAACGUUGGAGUUUAUUCAUCGAUCCGCAAAGUCAAGCUAACAAAUGGAUUCGGAGUAUGGAGAAAAAGAGCGAGCUUGAAAUUGUCAAACUUACGGAUACUCAAUAUAUGAGCAUUGUCGAGCAGUGUAUUGAAUUCGGUAAACCAGUGUUAAUAGAAAACGUUGGAGAAGAGCUUGAGGCUGCCCUCGAUCCAAUUUUAGCUAAAAAUAUCUACAAAGUGGCCGGGAUAUGGUACAUUACACUGGGCGAAAAGUCGCUGGAAUAUAAUCUACGCUUCCGCUUAUACAUAACUACGAAAUUACGAAAUCCGCAUUAUCUCCCCGAAGUCUUCAACAAAGUUACCUUAAUUAACUUUGCUCUAACUAUUGAAGGUUUGGAGGAUCAAUUAUUAGGCAUUGUCGUCGCUAAAGAACGUCCGGAUUUACAAGAGAAACGCGAAUACCUCAUUAUUCAGAGCGCAGCUAAUAAAAAAGCAUUGAAACAGGUAGAGGACAGUAUUUUACAAACUCUCGAAAGCGCUGGCGCUAGUAUCCUCGAAGACGAAGAAGCAAUCGAGAUUUUAGAUUCCUCAAAAAUUCUCUCUGCCGACAUUUUCCGUAAGCAGGAAGCCGCUCAAGAAACGGAAGUUAAAAUCGAAGCAUUCCGUCAGAGUUACAAACCCAUCGCAAAACACAGUUCAGCUUUAUAUUACACCGUUACCGACCUUCCUAAUAUCGACCCGAUGUAUCAAUAUUCACUCGCUUGGUUCAUCAAUCUUUACAUAUUGUCGAUCGAAAGUGCGAGUAAGAGUCACAUCCUCGAACGCCGUCUUUACUUUUUGCGCGAAACCUUCACUUACAAUCUCUAUCGGAACGUUUGCCGAUCGCUCUUUGAACGCGACAAGGUCUUAUACUCGUUCAUCUUGUGUACGACGAUAAUGCUAGCGACCGGUGAGCUUACGCAAGAUGAGAUGAGCUUUUUUCUGUCGGGUGGAAUUGUUUUGCAAUCGAGUGUUGAGCCCAAUCCUGCACCUGAUUGGCUUUCUGAAAAAUCCUGGGAAGAGAUCAAAAGGUCGGCUAAUAUAUCAUAUUUCGUCGAUUUUCCAAAUCACUUUGGCGGCGAUGAAUUGAAAUUGUGGAAGAACUUCUACGACUCGGUGAAUCCUGAGGAAGCUGCAUUACCAGAACCUUGGCAAACAAACAUGACAGAGUUUCAAAAGUUGAUUGUUAUGAGAAUGAUCAGACCGGAUAAAGUUAUACCUAAAGUCAUACAAUUCGUGCGUAAAACGAUGGACGCACGAUUCGUAACUCCUCCAGCAUUUAAUAUUGCUGGCUCAUACGCAGACUCAAAUUGCUUGAUACCUUUGAUCUUUAUUUUGUCACCUGGCUCUGAUCCAAUGAGUGCAUUGUCAAAAUUUGCCGAACAGUCAGAUUAUUCAAAUCGUUUCUUCUCCAUAUCAUUGGGUCAAGGUCAAGGUCCUAUAGCACGAGGUUUGAUCACAACAGCUCAAGAAGAUGGAUGUUGGGUCUGCUUGCAAAAUUGUCACUUAGCUGUUUCUUGGAUGUCAGAGCUUGAGAAAAUAUGCGAAGGCUUCGAUUUGACCAAUACUUCGAUUAAUUUCCGACUUUGGCUUACGAGUUAUCCGUCGGAUAAAUUUCCUAUUACAGUACUGCAAAAUGGCGUUAAAAUGACGAACGAGCCACCAAGUGGUCUACGACAAAAUCUCAUGCGAUCAUACACUUCGGAGCCUGUCAAAGAUCCCGAGUUCUUUGCCGGCUGCCAUGGAAAGGAACGGACCUUUACUCGACUGCUCUAUGGACUCUGUUUUUUUCAUGCAGUGGUACAAGAAAGAAGGAAUUACGGCUCGCAAGGCUGGAAUAUUGCGUAUGGUUUCAACGAGUCGGACUUCCAGAUAUCAGCUCAGCAGCUGCAGAUCUUUGUCAACGAGUAUGACGAGGUACCCUUUAAGGCAAUUCUCUAUCUGACUGGGGAAUGCAAUUACGGCGGGCGUGUUACCGAUGACCGCGACCGUAGAUGCCUCAACACCAUUCUACAAGAUUUCUAUAGUGACGAGGUCAUUGGCAAUCUUGACUAUGCAUUCGCACCGACUACUGGACGUGAAUAUAUGCUGCCGAAAAAAUGCGAGUAUCUGGAUUUCAUUAAACAAAUUGAAUCGAUACCAGCUCAGCCGUCACCUGAAGUAUUAGGACUUAAUAUGAAUGCAGGUAUCACCCGUGAUCUCGACAUCUCCAAGACGUUCUUUGACUCCCUUGGCAAUAUGCAGGGUGGAGUGAGUAUAGGCGACACAGCACGUCAAGAUGAGUUGCUUCUCGCAAUGAAAGCAGACAUAUACGAGCGUCUGCCAGAACUUUUCGAUCUUGAGGAUGCGCAACGACUUCAUCCAGCGUCGUAUUCUGAAUCUAUGAACACCGUACUCAUACAGGAAAUGGAACGUUACAACAAACUUCUGAAAGAGAUGAGAAACUCGAUGACUAUGCUUGAAAAAGCUGUGAAAGGGAUGAUUGUCAUGACGCCUGACAUGGAAACUCUCUCAACGCACAUGCUGGCUGGAAAAAUACCACCAUCGUGGCGCCGAGCUUCGGCUUAUCCGUGUCUCAAGCCUUUAGCGAGUUUCGUCAAUGACUUUCUCGAGCGAUUAGACUUCUUCCGAGAUUGGCUAAUCAACGGCAAACCACCUGUCUUUUGGAUUUCGGGAUUCUCAUUUGUGCACGCUUUUCUCACCGGAGCUACGCAGAAUUACGCUAGGAAAUACAAGAUAUCGAUUGAUUUGAUUGAUUUUGAUUUUCAAGUAUUGCCAUCGUCGAGCUCAACGUCACCACCGGAUGAUGGUGUAUACGUGCGCGGCAUGUAUCUCGCUGGAGCUCGUUGGGACUUGAAGUCAAUGAGAUUAUCGGAAGCUCGCCCAAAGGUGUUAAGCGAGUCAAUGCCAUUGGUUUGGUUAAAACCAACUCGUCGAGCUGAAAUUCACGAUAAAGGCAGAUACGAGUGUCCGCUUUACAUCACGUCCGAAAGAUUCGGUACCCUCAAAACCACUGGACAUUCCACUAACUACGUGCUGUCGAUUUUACUCGACACCAAUUUGCCAAGCUCCCAUUGGAUUAAGCGCGGCGUCGCUUUGCUUUGCCAAUUGGAUGACUGA